AUGGCAAAGAUAAGAAAAAUAUGGAGAAUGGAAAACCUCCGAUUUAUUUUUGCCAGUGUGCUCUGCCUUCUUUUCAUUGAGGGAACGAAAACGGAACAAGGAAAAUAUUCAGAGACCUAUUGUAUGUUUCAAGAUAAGAAGUAUCGCAUAGGCGAAAGGUGGCAUCCAUACUUGGAACCCUAUGGAAUUGUUUACUGCGUCAACUGCCUCUGCUCAGAGAACGGCAAUGUGUUAUGCAACAGAAUAAGGUGCCUGAAUUUACACUGCCCCAACCCGGUCCAGGUGCCACAGCUGUGCUGCCCAAGGUGUCCAGAUGAUUCCCUAUUUUCCAUGGGCAGUAAGGUCACUGGGAAGUCCUGCGAAUACAAUGGCACAACCUACCAACAUGGGGAGAUGUUUGUGGCAGAGGGACUCUUCCAAAACAAGCAAGCCAACCAAUGUGCCCAGUGCAGCUGCUCUGAAGGAAAUGUAUACUGCGGCUUGAAGACAUGUCCCAAAUUAACUUGCUCCUCUCCAGUGUCCUUGCCUGAUUCAUGCUGCCCAGCUUGCAGAGGUGAUGGGGAGGUAACGUGGGGCAACUCAGACGGGGACAUCUUCCGGCAGCCCUCCAACAGAGAAGCUAGGCACUCUCCUCAUCGCUCCCAUUAUGAAGGACCACCCAACAAUCCCAGGCAAACGGCCAACGUCCCACGAUUCACUGGUGGUAGAAGUAACAGAGGAGCCCUACAAGACAUGCAACAGGCUUCUGGGACCAUUGUACAGAUUGUCCUCAACAGCAAACAUAAACACGGCCGAGUGUGCGUUUCGAAUGGAAAAACCUACUCCCAUGGAGAAUCCUGGCAUCCUAACCUCCGAUCCUACGGAAUUGUGGAGUGUGUGCUGUGUACUUGCAAUGUCACCAAGCAAGAAUGCAAAAAGAUUAAUUGCCCCGAGAGAUACCUCUGCAAGCAGCCAAAGAAAAUCGAAGGGAAGUGCUGUAAGAUCUGCCCAGAAGAAAUUGAAAGUCAGAACCUUGCCGGUAAAGACUAUUACUGUGGCGAAGAGACUCUUCCAGUCUAUGAAGCUGUUCUCACAGAGGAGGGAGAAACUACCCGAAAAAUAGCUGUGGAGAGAGAUCAGCCACCACAGGUAGAAAUCCAUGUGUGGACCGUUAGGAGAGGUAUCUUGAGUCAUUUUGAUACAGAGACAGUAGCCAAGGAUGAAUUCAAAGCACUUCCUCACUUCAAGCAGAUCACAAGGACUACUCUGAGCCAGUGGAAAAUAUUCAGUGAGGGAGAAGCUCAGAUAAGCCAAAUGUGUGAGAGUCGUGUUUGCAGGACUGAACUGGAAGAUCUGGUAAAAGUUUUGUAUCUCGAGAAGUCUGAAAAGGACCACUGUUAAGAGAGCACUGGAGAGGGAAAAAGAAGAAAACUGAGGAAGGCAUGGAUCUGCAGCUGGACGGCAGGCUUAUUUCGCUUGCCUUUCCAAUGCCCUACAAACCAAACUUAUAAUGCAAGCCAAUAUUCAUCUCACGCCCAGCAUAACUUGCUGCUUUGUGCAUAGAUCUGUGUCAGGCCUUUAAAUAUCUCUCCGAAGGACUAGGAGGCUCUGCAUCACUGGCUGGAGUAGCCAGAGAGGCUUUAGUUUCAUAUAAAGGGUUGUUGCUUAAAGUGUUUGACAAAAGAUAACUUUUGGCACGCGUACGAUUGGGAGAAAACCAAAUAGAUGACCAGAGUUAGCAAAGACGGUGUCUCCUCUCCUGAACGCAAGUCUUGAAAUGACUCGUGUGGGUGGUGGUGGUUGUUUCUUGGCUGGAAAAGAAAACACAAGGACAGUAAUUUUGGGGAGGUUGAGAUGUAAAGCUAGAUUUCAGACUAACAAGCACCUUCUGUUUUUAAAGGAACAUCUCGGGGCGGGGGGCUAAUGACACACUAUGUACUAACACGUCUAACUGUGCCUUUAUGCCUUUUGGUGUGUAUUUUAAAGAGCGAAGUAUAUUUGGCAGAAGGGACAGGUGUAUGAGCAGGAGGGGGGGCAUAAGUCCCAUAAACACACAUCUGGAAUCCCUCAAGGAGAAAGGAACUGGGGAGUGUUGUUUUUGAGCUGAAAAACAGCGGGUGGUGAACGGGUCAAGCUGUCCCUCACCCCCACCACUUCUCCACUCUAAAUUCCACCCCCUCCCCCCCCACCACCACCCAAAGCAGUUUUGCCUCUUGAAAACUGGUGUCGGUCAUCUUGCUACAUGCCCUAGUGGGUGAUGUGC